AUGACUGAUAUUGCCACCGCUGAAUACGCCCAGCAGCUUGAUGCUCAAGAUCCCAUUUGUCGGUUCCGCGACGAAUUCCGCCUGCCAACUAACAAGGGAAUCAAGGCAGACCUAGUUCCUGCAGAGCUUGCGGAUUCGCCAUGCCGAUAUUUUGUUGGUAACUCACUAGGUCCCUUGCCAAAGCGAUCUCAGAAAUUCUUGGACGAGGAAAUCGAAGUUUGGGCGAUGACAGGAGUGGAGGGUCAUUUUAGACACCGCCAUGGCAGGAACUGGAAAGAUAUGACAUAUAAAGCUGGCAGAGCCCUUGCCAUGUUGACCGGUGCCAAGGAAUCGGAAGUCAUAACUAUGGGGACCCUUACAGCAAACCUGCACCUUAUGAUUUCGACAUUCUACAAGCCUGUGGGUAACCGGUACAAGAUACUCUGCGAAGCCAAAGCAUUUCCUUCGGACCAAUAUGCCUUUGCCUCUCAAACCCGCGCUCACGGCUAUGAUCCCAAAGAUGCCGUGAUUGAACUUACGCCUCGUGAAGGCGAAGUUUAUCUUCGUGAAGAAGACAUACUUGCUGCAAUUCAAAAAGACGGGUCGAGUAUUGCAUUGGUACUAUUCUCGGGUAUUCAAUAUUAUACCGGCCAAUGGUUCCCUAUGGAGAAGGUUACCAAGGCCGCACAUGAUAUUGGAGCCAUAUGCGGAUGGGACCUUGCACAUGCAAUCGGAAACGUCCCGAUGAAGCUACACGACUGGGGCGCCGACUUUGCAGUUUGGUGCACAUACAAGUACUUGAACUCAGGACCUGGGGGAAUCGCGGGCUUGUUUCUCCAUGACAAAUGGACAGAGAAGCUCCAAACCAGUUACGCGGGUUGGUACGGCCAUAAUAACGAAACAAGAUUCCAGAUGGGCCCCGUGUUCGACCCCAUUCCUGGCGCCCAUGGAUUCCAACAAUCAAACCCAUCCGCUCUUAAUUUGGCUACCCUUCUUGGUAGUCUUGAGCUAUUUGAGGAAGCUGGCGGAAUUGAUGCAUUACGCGAAAAAGCUGUAAAGAUCACCGGAUAUCUGGAGUCUUUACUCAAACGUUCAUCUUUCUACCGAGACCACUUAGAUAAUGAUCCCAAAUCCCCUGUUCACUUUACGAUCCUCACGCCCACUGAUCCCCAACACAGGGGUACUCAACUCUCUUUGGCAUUGAGGCCGCUUGGAAUCAUGCCCAAGGUAUUCGAAGAAAUGCAGCGCCGAGGUGUGAUCGGAGAUGAGCGCCAGCCUGAUGUGAUUAGGCUGGCGCCGGUGCCACUCUAUGUUAGCUAUGAAGAUUGCCUCCAGGCAACUUUAAUUCUCGAGGAUGCUUUAAAAGCUGCAUAG